ACUAUUGAACAUACCGCGAAGAUCGCGCGACCGCGCGCGAUGCAUUCAAAUGCGUUUUCGAACACAGCGCGCGCAUUUUGCCGAUAGCCGGCACGUGUGGUACGGCACGAAUUGGCACGAACGUAAUAGCGGGUUCGGGCGUUUCGAUCGGGUCGGAUUGGAUUUGAUUUGAUUUGAUUUUAGAGACAGGUGUUGGGAAGCUUCGUAUGAUAAGCUUCUGCACGUUCACGUCGACACUCGACACCUCGCAACGGUGCACGCACGCGUGCGUUAAAUCCGCUCGCUACGAUACCGAAUUUCGUGCGGCAGAUUUUUUAGGUUAUGACGUGCCCUGCCCUUCCUCGCUUGUUCGACGGCGGGCGAUGCGGCGCGCGGUCGGCGCCGCUAUUCCUUGGACUCUAGAAAGUCGUCUCGCUUUGCUGUUUCUUUUACCGCGUUUUUAACCUCUCCAUUCCCCGCCCCCCCCCUCAUUCAUCCUUAUGCACAACAUGAUGACCGAUCGUAACGCGGCGUUCGAUUUCGUGACCGUGUUUGCCCCGAUUCUUUUAAUCCUUGCUACUUGCUUGACAGUCUUCUAUAGACUGAGAGCGAGAUGGCCCGUGAAGGUAAAUUGCUGGUUUUGCAACGAGAACGUAAAGAUCUGGAGACAGGAUCUGAAUUGGUGGUUGUGCCCGUGGUGCGAACAGUACAAUGGCUUUUCCAAGGAUGGUGAUUAUGCGUACGAUAUUCCAGAGCAGUACGCAAUGCCGAAAGUGCGUACGAAAUACUGUCGAUUGUCCAGGAGCAGCGACAACUGCCACAUCAAUCUCAAGGAUAAGCUCUGCACAUAUUGCAACGAGCGGGAGAGUCAGAAACUGUUGGAGCUGUCUAGUUUUGAGCCCAGGAGCGAGAAGCUCUUUCACACGGAGCUGAAGGCAUUCAAGGAACAUCUGGAGGUGAGGUAUCCGCUGUGUGAUGGCUGCAAAUUGAUGGUGCGAGACGUGUUGCACAAGCAGGCAUUAUGGCUAACUCGCUAUAAGAUGCUGUUCUUUCGGCAAAAAUCAAUCAAGACGCUCCUCAGUAACCCAGGACAGCAGGAAACACUUUGUCGUCUUAUUUCGACUGUCAUGGUUGUGUUGGCAUUGGAUGACUUUGUUUGGUUACCGAUUGGUGGACUGCUCUUUCGUUUAUGCAUUUGCGCGAGCUUUAAGAUGAGAAACAAGAGUAUCCAUGUAGUAUGGAUAUUUUUACUGGUUUACAUCACUUAUGACGUUUCCAUGUCCGUCAAGAGUUUGACGACUCAAAAUGUCUGGCUUAUACCAGUGGAACUCGUUACGCAGUACCGCCUGAUAGUGGUUUGCGCAUUUGUCAUAGAUUUAUUUAUUUAUUUGAUGAGAAAUUCUAAUUUGUAUAAAAGUGCAUUGAAAAUGCAUGGCUCAGUAGCGUUUAAGAGGAUUAAGUUACAUUCACGAGAUACGCCUCAACACGCGUACAAAAGUCAAAACAGUAGCGAAUCAAGCGAGACUAUUGACAGUAUUAAACCGUCCAUCUAUUCGGCGGACGAGUUAUCUUCCACUGAAAUCAAGUUUAGCAGAUCGCAUUCAGCAAUAUUGAGACAGAAGCUGUCUACGAUCACUGCAACCGACAACGGCAGCAACGGUUACCUGAGCUCUGCGUCUUCUCGGCGUGAAAAUCGUUCGCUGGACAGCUGCUGCUUGAACGAUAGCCUGAGCACUCUCCUCCUGAGCGAGGACGCUCCAUUGCCGAGAUACGGCAGGAGCACGAGAGCGGCACCGGCGAUUUUCGAGCGGAGGGUGUACAACGCGACGAGCUCCGAAAAUCUGUUCCGUAAAUCCAUCAGCAAGAGGAAGUGUAUUCUAUCACCGCCAAAGCUCAGAUCGGUAACACAGACGUCGUGGGUGGCGGGCGGCUACUGGCAGGAGGGUAUGAUGACCGCUGCCGCUACACCGCCGACGCUUUCGCGGUCGUCCAGCCAGAGUUCUGGCUUCGGCUCCUCGGUCGGCUCCUCCAAUCUCGCACCGCCCUCCCGCGAGCCGUCCGUGCACGAGUUCGAUCGGUGCUCGGUUGUGUCUGAGGCCACGCGAUGGUCGUGCCAGACGCCGCCGCCGCGACCGAUUGUGUCGAGGCCUGACUCGUCAAUUUCGCAGUCGCGGUACUCCGACGCGACCUGCAACGCGGACAAUCGAAACUGGGUGCCGCCGCUGGUGCACGCCGUCGGUCCUCACACGACGACGAUUGUCGCGAGCCCUGGCUGGCUCUCCGCGAUGCUCUGCGGCUCGCUGAUACUGAACAUGAUAGUACUGUGCGCUACGCUCUUACGUUAACGUCACAACGACCGCCGCCGGGUUUCUUAUGUGUUCACGCGGUAAUUUUUAUCGAUCGCGACAACUAUUAAUGUGUCGCUAUAGCGUUGAUUGACCUCGGCGAGUUUAGUCGCUGCAAUCGGGAGGAGAAUUCUUCGUUUGGUAGUUUUAGCUUUCUUCAUCCUUUGCGUACGACCUUCUACUGCCGAUUUCCUCUAGGUUCUAAUUUAAUCUUUAACUAUGGGGAUAGUCGUUUACGAAUACUUAGGAGUGAUGGAAUUACUGCCAAUUAAAGGACGAGCACAAUGUUCCGUUCUACUGUUGAAAAAACAGCAAAUACGAUGUUACACUGCCAAUAUACUUGCUCGUUGAACAUAUCUGCCAGUCUUCGUCUCUUUCCCUCUUCUGCCUCCAUCUUUGAUUUUUGACCCCAUAUGUUCUUUAUUGGAUAUCUGUCCUGUAAAGAUACGCCGUAUCCUUUAGUUAUCUCGGCAUUUCUGUACUGUAUUGUGUAUUUAUGUAAACAUCUGUCUGCUCGUUUUCUUUCUUUUACCCUCCCCUUUUCCGGCUUGUGCCAGAAAAAUGUUUACCAUUUUUGAGAAGUGGCCUCUCGAAUUUUAAUUGCUCGAACGUAGGGCUGGCCUCUACGGACAAGGUAAUUCUCGCUCAAUGUCUCGCGACAAUGUCGAUCUCGCAAAUGCGGAAAACUUAUCUCCUUGCGUAUUCCAAGUACAAUACAAUCUUCCGGAUCUCGAAUCGCGACAGUUAACAUGUGGGCGCCGAGAACUAUUUGCGCGUCUCAUCUUCUGUGAGUAAUUUUGCUCGAAAAAGAGAGAAAAAAAGGACAUCACAAAGUAUUUCGUAAUAGUUUCCAUAUCUGCACAUUGAUUGGAGCACUUUGUGUAGCACUUUUCUCCUUUGUAUGAAAUUACUCCGUAAAUGCGGAUGGAACGCGCGAACGCUUUUUCACGUACUGUAAUUAAUACAAAAACUUCAAACCUCAGUGAGAAAUAUAUAUGUAACUUUAGGAAAAAGAUAAGUCUAUUUGUUUGCGCGUUGCGCACUGAAUAUGUCUUGUUUUCCACAUGUAAUAUCAUUUGUAAAAGAGAUUGAUUGUAUAUACUUGUCGGAAAUUUUGUAAAAAAACAAAAAAUGCGCCUUGUACGACUGGUACACUUGUUACCACGCGCGUGCAGGUCUCUUUCUUAGCCUGUGGACUGGGAAACUUGUUGUAAUGAUCAUGUUGCUUAUUGUAUUCUAAUUAUUGUAUGUUUUGAUAUCUACCAUAUUGUAUACAAUUGAUAAGAAUAAAACGUAAACUUUUACAAAACGA